AAUUCAUUUUCCCUAUUUCCUCCUCUUCUCUAUUUGAUUCACGUUUCUUGACGGCCUUUCCCUCACAAGUUUGAGCUGUGCUCAGCCUUGAGGCUCCCUCCUAUUCUCCGCCUCACGAGUCCCGGCUAUCACGAACUCUCCGGUUAUUCAUCCUUCCCUCGCUCGCCGCGGUCCAAGCUUGCUACCUGCCUCGCCGUGGUCGGCCAUCACACCUGCAGUGGACAGAAAAUCAGAAAGCGCCGAACCUUGCCCGAGCCCGGAGUGCUAGUUAGAGAGAUGCAGAAACCAAAGAAUAUAGAGUUCACCAAGCAGCCUUAUAUUGAGGAUGUUGGCCCUCGAAGAAUAAAGAGCAUAGAAUUCUCAAUGCUUUCUGAUUCAGAGAUUGUCAAAUCAGGGGAAGUGCAAGUAUGGCAAGGGGUAUACUAUGAUCCCAAAGGCAAGCCUAUUGAAGGUGGCUUAUUGGACCCCCGCAUGGGUCCUGCAAAUAAAACUUGCAGAUGCGCCACCUGCGGUGGGGACUAUGGAGAUUGUCCAGGACAUUAUGGAUACUUGAGUCUUGCUCUCCCUGUUUAUAAUGUUGGAUAUCUGGCUACUAUUUUGGACAUUUUAAAGUGCAUUUGUAAGUCUUGUUCCUGUAUACUUCUCGAGGAGAAAUUGUGCAAAGACUAUUUGAAGAAGAUGAGAAGUCCGAGAAUGGAACCUCUGCGGAAGAGUGAUUUGAUGAAAACAAUUGUAAAAAAGUGCAGUGCCAUGGCAAGCAGCAAAGCUAUAAAGUGCUCAAGAUGUGGUUAUAUAAAUGGAAUGGUUAAGAAAGCAAUAUCUAUGCUGGGUAUCAUUCAUGAUCGUUCAAAAAUCAAUGGUGGGAGCUUGGAAGAAUUCAGAUCUGCAAUCUCUCACACAAAAGAAUCUAAGUCAUCCAUUAAUCCUGCUACUUAUAUUAUUAAUCCUGUGGAAGUGCUUUCUCUCUUCAGAAGGAUGAGUGAUGAGGAUUGUGAAUUGCUUUAUCUUUCUGACAGACCUGAGAAGCUCAUGAUAACAAGCAUUGCUGUACCACCUAUACCUGUCCGGCCUUCUGUUAUCAUUGAUGGAUCACAGAGCAAUGAAAACGACAUAACAGAGAGGUUAAAACGAAUCAUUCAAGCAAAUGCGAGCGUUCGUCAAGAAUUGUUAGAACCAAGUGCGGCAUUUAAAAGUUUGGCUGGAUGGGAUAUGCUUCAAGUUGAGGUUGCACAGUACAUAAAUAGUGAUGUUCGUGGUGUUCCGUUUGCCAUGCAAGUGGCCAAACCUUUGAGUGGUUUUGUCCAGCGCCUUAAGGGGAAGCAGGGACGCUUUCGUGGGAAUUUAUCUGGAAAGCGUGUUGAAUUUACCGGACGGACUGUUAUAUCUCCUGACCCUAAUUUGAAAAUUACUGAGGUAGCAAUUCCUAUUCACAUGGCACGGAUAUUAACCUAUCCCGAGUGCGUUUCUCAUCAUAAUAUUGAGAAGUUGAGACAGUGUGUUCGUAAUGGCCCUUCUAAAUAUCCUGGUGCAAGGACGAUUGGUUAUCCUGAUGGUUCUAAGAGGGUUUUAAUGGGUGAUUACAGAAAGCGCCUUGCUGAUGAGCUCAAAUUUGGUUGCAUAGUUCAUCGCCAUUUAGAAGAUGGAGACAUUGUUCUUUUUAACAGACAACCAAGCUUGCAUCGGAUGUCUAUCAUGUGCCAUAGGGCAAGAAUAAUGCCUUGGAGGACAUUAAGGUUUAAUGAAUCUGUUUGUAAUCCAUAUAAUGCUGAUUUUGAUGGGGACGAGAUGAAUAUGCAUGUCCCACAAACGGAAGAAGCUCGAACAGAGGCACUUUUGCUGAUGGGGGUGCAAAAUAAUUUAUGCACUCCAAAAAAUGGAGAAAUUCUGGUGGCAUCUACUCAAGAUUUUCUUACAUCAUCCUAUCUUAUAACAAGGAGGGACACGUUCUAUGACCGUGCAGCUUUUUCACUUAUGUGUUCUUAUAUGGGUGAUGGCAUGGAUGCCAUUGAUCUGCCAACACCUACAAUUCUGAAGCCAGUAGAACUUUGGACUGGUAAGCAACUAUUCAACGUUUUACUACGACCAAAUGCAAGUUUGAGAGUCUAUCUCACUCUCACGUUGAAGGAGAAGAACUUCAAAAAGAACAAGAUAGAUGAUACAAUGUGCCCCAAUGAUGGAUUUGUUUACUUUCGGAAUAGUGAACUAAUAACAGGACAAUUGGGAAAGGCAACUGUUGGAAAUGGCAACAAGGAUGGAUUGUAUUCUGUUCUCCUCAGGGACUAUGGUGCACAUGCUGCUGCAACUUGCAUGAAUCGGCUUGCUAAAUUGAGUGCUCGAUGGAUUGGAAAUCAUGGCUUCUCUAUUGGAAUUGAUGAUGUUCAACCAGGAAAAGAGUUGAACCGCAAGAAAGCAGAAACAAUUAUGCAUGAAUAUAAUGAAUGUGAUAUAACUAUAAAAAGGUUCAAUGAAGGCAAGCUAACACUUAAACCUGGUUGUGAUGCUGCUCAAUCACUGGAAGCCAAUAUAACAGAGAUACUGAAUCGGAUUCGAGAAAAGACUGGGAAAGACUGUAUGGAAGGACUGCAUUGGAGAAACAGUCCCUUGAUUAUGUCCCAAUGUGGCUCCAAAGGAUCCCCCAUUAAUAUAAGCCAGAUGGUUGCAUGUGUUGGUCAGCAAUCAGUUGGUGGUCGGCGUGCUCCCGAUGGAUUUAUAGACCGAAGCCUUCCUCAUUUCCCUUGCAAAUCAAAAAUUCCUGCUGCUAAAGGCUUUGUUGCUAAUUCAUUCUACAGUGGAUUGAGUGCUACUGAGUUUUUCUUCCAUACCAUGGGUGGGCGAGAAGGUCUUGUGGAUACAGCGGUGAAAACAGCUGAUACUGGCUACAUGUCUCGCAGACUGAUCAAAGGCUUGGAGGACCUUUCUGUUCAUUAUGACUACACUGUACGCAAUGCAAGUGGAUGCAUAGUUCAAUUUGUUUAUGGAGAUGAUGGCAUGGACCCGGCAUCUAUGGAAGCAAAGAGUGGAGUUCCUCUGAAUUUUGACAGGUUGUUCUUGAAAAUACAGGCUACUUGCCCUGCUGGGGAAAAUGAUAGCUAUUUAUCUCCAGGAGAAAUCUCUGGAAAGUUAGAAGAAGAAUUAGUGAAACAAAGUGUAGCUCAUGGAGGAGAUUGCUCUGAAGCCUUCAAGAGAUCUCUAAGAGACUUUUUUGGUGUUCUUGGGGGCAGAUUAAAGAGAACAAUGGAAUUGGUUGAAGAAUAUGCUGCUGGGGGAAAAUGCAAGGAUCUAGAAAAAGUUGCCCACAAAGUAUCUGGCAUCACCAAUAAGCUGCUGGAGGUUUUUGUUGAAAUUUGCAUAUCUCGUUAUCAUUUAAAAAAAAUUGAAUCUGGGACUGCAAUUGGGGCAAUAGGAGCACAAAGUAUUGGAGAACCUGGGACGCAAAUGACAUUAAAAACCUUCCAUUUUGCUGGCGUUGCAAGCAUGAAUAUAACACAAGGAGUUCCUCGUAUCAAGGAAAUAAUAAAUGGGGCCAAAAAGAUUAGCACACCUAUCAUUACAGCAGAACUCGAGCAUGAUAAUGAUGGUAAGCUUGCACUGAAGGUUAAAAAUCGCAUUGAAAAGACAAAUUUAGGCCAGGUUGCAGAGAGGAUUGAGAUUGUAAUGACCUCAUCAGCAUCAAAACCAGCAUCGAUAGUUAUUGUGCUCGACAUGGAAAGAAUUUAUAAAGCAGGUUUGUGUAUAGAUGCUAACAGCGUGAAAGAAUCAAUUCUGCGAACACCAAGAAUCAAACUGAAGGAAAAGCAUAUUAAAGUUUUGGACAUUAAAAAGUUAAGAGUUUUACCAGAUGCGGAUAAAAGUAAAUUUCAUUUCGAGCUCCAUGCAUUAAAAAGUUCGCUUCCAGCUGUUACAGUGCAGGGUAUAAGAACUAUUGAACGUGUUGUUGUUGCUGAAAAGAAGAAGGAGCAUGAAGGAGCAGGACAAAAGUGGCAAUUGUUGGUUGAGGGGACAGGCCUCCAAGCAGUUAUGGGAACUGAUGGAAUUGAUGGAAGUAACACAAAGAGUAACCAUGUCAUGGAAGUGCAACAGACACUAGGGAUUGAGGCAGCAAGAAACUGCAUAAUUGACGAGAUAAAGGAUGUAAUGGGAAAUCAUGGAAUGACCAUAGAUAUACGCCAUAUGAUGCUUUUGGCAGAUCUCAUGACUUUCAGAGGUGAAGUUCUUGGAAUCACAAGAUUUGGUAUUCAGAAAAUGGACAAAAGUGUUUUGAUGCUUGCUUCGUUUGAGAAGACUGCAGAUCAUUUAUUCAAUGCUUCAGUCAGUGGGAAGGUUGACCGAAUUGAGGGAGUAAGUGAAUGCAUCAUUAUGGGCAUCCCGAUGCAGAUGGGCACAGGAGUACUCAAAGUUAUGCAAAGGGUUGAUCCGCUUCCGAAGUUGAGUUAUGAGGCAGAUCCAAUCAUUUCUUGAGCUCAUCAAACCAUUUCAAGAUUUUGAUGCAAGAUUUUCGUAGUUGCAAUUUGCAUACAAUUGACCUGCAUCAGCAUAGUUAACAUGAUCCCAGUUGCAAGUUGGUGAAAGCAAAGACAUUUUUGGUAUGGCAUUUUGCUGAGUUUACCAUACUUAAUCCAUUUCGAUGCAUGCCAUGGAUCGAAGAAGGUUGGCAUCCUUGUAAAGUUAUACAUUACAGAAGAUCUGGCCAGAGCAUCCACCAUAUUGCAGCAAGGAAAAGAAAAUGUUUUGCCUCUAUGAAACGGUAUUGUAAAUAUUGGAUCAUUAUUCCUGAUAAUUUUUUAGAUGAUUUUAGUGGUACUCUGGAUGACCAGCUACGAAAUACAACUUAUGAAAAAGUCGGGUCCUUUGUAUCAAUACGAUGUGCUACUAGAGGAAAACUACUAAUGGAAGAAAAUGAGCUUCUAAAUUUUGGAAAUUUAAAA